UCCAGUCGUUAAUUUGCUGCGAGAAAAAGAACUUCACAAAAAUCAAACACAACCUUAGAAUCCCAGAAGAAGCUUUAAGCUCCACACCCAAUGCUUUGCAAAAUUUAAGGUUCUCUGUUUCAUUUUUCUUCUGAACGUAAUGUCUGAGUUACUGGUACAUCUGCAUCUAAUUGUAAGCAUAGGACUAAUUUUGACAAUGUCCGCGCAUUCGAUGCGUUUCGACCUGGGAUCGGGCAACUCAAAAUGCAUAUCGGAGGACAUCAAGAGCAACGCCAUGACCGUGGGAAAGUAUAACGUCAUCAAUCCCAAUGAAGGGUUUCCUGUUCCUGAUACCCACAAGAUCACUGUCCGGGUGACCUCGCCCCACAGUAGCAGUUAUCACUAUGGGGAUCAUGUGGAAGAGGGUAAUUUUGCAUUUACUGCUGCUGAAUCUGGUGAUUAUUCAGCUUGCUUUUGGGCGCCUGAUCAUAAGCCCCCAGUGAUAGUGACGGUUGAUUUCGAUUGGAGGACUGGCGUUGCAGCAAAAGACUGGUCGAAGGUUGCUAAGAAAGGGCAGAUCGAAGUGAUGGAACUUGAGUUGAAGAAAUUGUUUGACACUGUCACUUCCAUUCAUGAUGAGAUGUUUUAUCUUCGUGAGAGGGAGGAAGAAAUGCAACAACUUAACAGAGCAACUAACUCCAAGAUGGCUACCUUUAGUUUCCUUUCGAUCCUGGUUUGCUUAUCGGUUGCCAGUUUGCAGUUAUGGCAUCUGAAGGCAUUCUUUGAGAGAAAGAAGCUCCUCUAAUUUUGCAUUGGCCUAUCAAUUUUACACUUAUUUUGUCUUUUAAGUCGUUAGUUCAUUAGUUGUAUGAUCAUAUUUUGUAUUUUUCGUUUUUUAUGUUUUGUGGGCUAUACAUACUAUCACCAAUUUAUAUCUUUCAAAAUGCAUUGAGUCGA